UAAAUAUCAUCAACACUCUUAGCUUCCUUCUCUAGCAAUAACACAAUUCUUUCGAGUCUAUAUUCCUUCAAAAUGACUCACAAUCGUGUUUGUUUCAUGUCCUUCCUUCUCAUAACAUUGGUAGCAGUUGCAUCUGCCAGUGAUUAUAGUACCUAUAGUCCUGCUCCUGCAUACAAGACACCAUCUUAUUCUCCGGUGUAUAAGUCGCCUGUUUAUACUCCAUCUCCAGUGUACAAGUCUCCAGUUUAUUCACCAUCACCUGUUUAUAAGUCUCCAAUUUACUCACCAUCACCAGUAUAUAAGACCCCUGUUUAUACGCCAUCACCGGUGUAUAAGUCUCCCGUAUACACACCAUCACCAGUGUAUAAAUCUCCAAAGUAUACUCCUUCACCAGUUUAUAAGUCUCCAUCCCCUAUAUACAAGUCACCAGAAUACAAGUCUCCGGUUUAUACCCCUUCACCAGUGUAUAAAUCCCCAUCAUACACUCCUUCCCCUGUGUACAAAUCACCAGUUUACACUCCAUCCCCAACAUACAAGACACCCGUUUAUACUCCUUCCCCAGUGUACAAGUCACCCGUUUAUACUCCUUCCCCAGUAUACAAGUCACCGGUUUACACUCCUUCCCCAGUGUACAAGUCAUCGGUGUACACUCCAUCCCCAGUAUACAAGUCACCGGUGUACACUCCAUCCCCAGUGUACAAAUCACCUGUUUACACUCCUUCCCCAGUUUACAAGUCACCCGUUUACACUCCUUCCCCUGUGUACAAGUCACCAGUUUACACUCCUUCUCCAGUGUACAAAUCACCAGUUUACACUCCUUCUCCAGUGUACAAGUCACCAGUUUACACUCCUUCCCCUGUUUACAAGUCACCGGUUUACACUCCUUCCCCAGUUUACAAGUCACCCGUUUACACUCCUUCCCCCGUGUACAAGUCACCGGUUUACACUCCAUCCCCUGUGUACAAGUCACCGAUUUACACUCCUUCCCCAGUGUACAAAUCACCUGUAUACACUCCUUCUCCCGUGUACAAGUCACCGAUUUACACUCCUUCCCCAGUGUAUAAGUCACCAGUAUACACUCCUUCCCCUGUCUACAAGUCACCAAUUUACACUCCUUCCCCUGUGUACAAGUCACCUGUUUACACUCCAUCUCCCGUGUACAAGUCACCGGUUUACACUCCUUCUCCGGUGUACAAGUCACCAGUUUACACUCCUUCUCCAGUGUACAAGUCACCAGCUUACACUCCAUCCCAUGUGUACAAGUCACCAGUUUAUACCGCAUCACCAAUCUACAAAUCUCCAAUUUAUACCCCUUCUCCAAUUUACAAAUCUCCAACAUAUACUCCAAGUCCUUCAUACGGAUAUUAAGCAAAUACGACAAUUAAAAUGAUUGUUUUGAUUUGCAUAUCUUCAAAUUGUAUCUUGUGUUUGAGAAGUUAAGUUGGGUGAAGUAGUUGUUUCAUAUCUAUUGUAUUCCUUUAUAUUCAAAUUAAUAAAGAAUUAUUGCUUUUGACUA